GAUAAUUAAUCGGAGGGCGUUGAUGAAAUUGAAAAGAAGAACUGCUUCAUCAUUUUACGGCUAAUUUUAUAGACAGCCUUUGUUUAAUUGAACGCGGAUUUAUGUGAGUUGGUGGUACAAGUAGUGGGCUCAGCUAGCAGACGGGUGCGGGUGCGCGUGAGCGAUGGUGGAGGCGGCGAAGCGCGAGGAGGCGGGCUGGGCGCGCGCGCUGGCCGAGGCGACUCCUGCAGGCACCGAGGCGACCGUGCCGGACGCGGCGCUGGGCGCGCUGCUGGACGACGCCGACGCCACCGACGGAGAUGCCGAGCUUUGGGUGCGUCGCCUCGGCGAGCGCGUGGGGCGGCUGGACGCGCUGAACGUGGGCGGCAUGCUGGCGGCCGCCACCGAGGGGGGCGGCGCGGGCGCUCGGCUCUCCGCGCGGCUGGACGCGGGCGGCGCGGCGGCCUCGGCGCUCGCCGCACGGUUGUCGCGCCUCGACGCGCUGGCCCGCGCCGCUCCCGCGGCGUUACACGCGCGCUCCGGCGCCGCGCGCGCCGACGCCGCCGCGAGGGCUCUGCUCCACGAGCUCACUGAAAUCUACGCUUGGCUCGACGCGCCGCCGCUGAGGGAUCUCGACUCUAUUUCUGAGAUCUCCCUCGCGAGCCCCGAGGGCCGCGCUCGUGCGCUGGCGGCGGGCACGGCGCUGCGCACGGCGUUGCGCGCGGAGGCGCAGAUGGCGCCGGCGCGGCGGCGGCUCGGCGCCGUGCGCGAGCGCCUGCGCCGCCUGCAGCGCGCCAAGGAUGCACUCGCCGCCGCGCUCGCCCGCCACCUCAACAACCUGCUCAUUCAUCUCGGUAACGAGGCGGCGUCGGCGCCGGCGGCGGGCGCGGCGGGGACGGCGCGCGCGCACCACGCCGACCUGCUGCCGUACGCGCCCUUCAUGCGCUGGCUCAAGGACAUGGACGAGAAAGCCUACGACGCGCUCACCAAAGUGUACGUGGGCACCUGGUCGCGCGUGUACGAGCGCGAGGCGCGCGCGGCGUGCGAGGCGGCGCGCGCCUCGCCCGCGCCGCCGCACGCCGCCACGGCCGACACGCCGCUCGACGCCGUGCUGACGGUGGUGGAGAACAUCUGCAAUGCGGAGCAAGACUUCUGCGCGCAGUUCUUUUUCUUGGACGUCGAUGUCAAGAGCGACGGCAGCGACGGCGGCAGCGAGGCGAGCGAGGAGACGGCGGCGCGGCGCGGCGGCGGCGCGGAGGCGCGCCGCAUGAUGGCCGAGCUGUUCCCCGCGCUCGAGGCCGAGCUGGUGGCGCUGGUCAACCAUCUAGAGCGGCAGCCUUACGGGGCAAUGCGCGCGUUGGCGUGCGUGGGCACCCGCGUGCUCGGCGACGGCGGCGGCGGGGAGGGCCGCUGGGCGCGCACGGCGCUGGCGGCGGUGGCCGUGGCGGCCAAGCGCGGCGCCGACCGCGUCGUGGCGGAGCGCCUCGCAAACAUGCCCGAGGCGGCGAGGCAGGCCGCCAAGAGGCCUAAAGCGGGGCUGCUGGGAUUCCUAUCAGAGUUCGAAGAACUAAGCUCGGUGUGCGAGGCGAUAUUCGGGCGCAGCGGGCGGCGCGCGGACCUGGAGCGGUGGUACGCGGCGCUCGGCGGCGCCAUGCUGGCCGCCGUGGCCGCCGCCGAGCACCCGCGCACGCCGCGCCCCGUGCUGCGCCUCGAGAACUACCACAAGCUGCACGCGCUGCUCGCGGCUCGCCGUGCGCCGGCGCUGGACGCGCUGCGGCGCGAGGCGCGGGCGCGGUACACGGAGGCGCUGCGGCAGUACGUCACGCAGUACUUCGGCCGACCGCUCGACAAGCUCACCCAGUUCUUCGAGGGCGUGGCGGAGGCGGUGGCGGGCGGCGCGCGCGAGGAGGAGGUGUGCUACCGCGCCGCCUUCAGCAAGCACGAGCUGCGGCGCCUGCUGGCCGCGUACCCCGCGCCCGAGGUGCGCCGCGCGCUGCACCGCCUCUACCGGACCGUGGAGAAGCAGCUCAGCGAGGAGGGCGGCCUGCUGCAGGUCGUGUGGCGCGCCAUGCAGGAGGAGUUCCUGCAGCAGCACCGCGCCUUGCAGACGCGCAUCGCGGCGUGCUACCCGGGCGCGGGGCUGGCGCUGCCGCUCACCACGCAGGACAUCCUCGACGCCUUCUCCGACAUCGCGCGCGAGCACUGA